UUACGGUUCAAGUUGAGAAGAAGAGCUUCUUCUUCCUCUACCCUUCCCGUACGUUAAAAACAUUUCCCCACUCCUUUCCAUAUAUAACAAUAGUAUCCACUUUCCGAAAGCAACCAAACCAUGGGAUUCGAGUCAGCAGAGAAACAGUCAUCAAGGCUACCAUUGUUUUCAUCUCCACAUGCACACGUGGUGGUGUCACCGGAAAGACCAGGGACGUUAACCCCACCGUUACGGGCCUCGGCAUCGGUCCCGUUCGGGUGGGAAGAAGAACCGGGAAAGCCCAAGCCUUGCACCACGAUCACUCCUUUUUCUGAAGACUUUGCUCGCAAGUGUCUGGAACUACCCCCCAGGUUGCUGCUAGUGCAGGAAGCCAAUAAGAAGAAGAACAAACUGAACUCGCCCACCACGGUCUUGGAUGUUCCUUACGUGAGUAGGGGUAGGCUUCUGUCUUCUUCUUUUAGAAUGGUGAAAAGUGAGCGUUACGGCGGGUCGUUUCGUGCCGGUAGCUUUAGCCCUGACUCUGAGAACGACGAUGAUGGUGCGAUGGUUCUUAGCAAGAGAAGGAACAAAGGGUUUCUUGGUUCUCGGAGGAGAAGCGAUGUUGGAGGGAAGAAUUAUGUGUUCCCGUCGUAUGGAGAUAAAGGAGAAGAAUACAGUAACGUUAGUAUGAGCAGGAUGAGAAAGAGGGGCAGUCUCCCUCAUUCCAAAUCCCAUUUCUGGGCAAGUAUCUAUGAAGGCUUAAAGCAAGUGGUUCCGUGGAGCAAGACGGAAAAGAAGGAUAGGUAUAUGGGGGCUGAUUUUUAAAAUCCCAAUCCGAUUUUAUAUAUUUUUCCUGUGAAUGAAAAUGACUAAUCAAAUGUAAUAUAUAUAGCUAAGUUUAUUUGGUUGCAUAUAUGGGUAUUGCUGCAAUUAUAAACUCCUGCAUGUAAAAGUAUUUCACGACUACGUUGGCCUAUAUGUAUUAGUAGCAAUAAACGUUGAGACAGGCCAUCAUAUCA